UGUUUCAAUACAUUUUGUUUAAAUAAUGAAACCUGAAGAGUAAGAUUAUCAGUCCAGCUUUAUUCUUGAUAAUCUUCUCCAACAGGAAGCAACUAGAAGCCUGAUAAUGCAGCUGUUGAAGUUGUUGUUGCCCCUCUUUUUAGUAGCCUCUGUGUCAGCAUUCUCGCUUUCAAGUAGCCUCAGAAAUGAAGAAGAAAUUGCUGAUUCUCUCAGUGCUGAUUCAAUUUUAAUGGAGGAAGAUGAAGUUGUAGAAAUUGGAAAUGAUACAGCUGAGCAGGACAUAGAGGAUGAGAAUAAUGAGAGUGAAGAUGUUGAGGAUGAUGAGGAUGUUGAGGAUGAUGAUGAUGCUAGUGAUGAUGAGGAUGCAGAAGAUGCUGAAGAUGAAAAGGAUGCUGGAGAUGAGGAGGAUGAGGAUGAUGCCGAAGAUGAGAAUGAUGCUGAAGAUGUAGAGGAUGAUGACAAUGAGGCAUCAGAUGAAGUUGAUUUGAACAAUGAGGAGGAUGAUAAUGAGUAUUCAUUCAGCAAUGAAUAUUAUGAUGAAUAUGAUUAUGAAGAAUAAGCUGCUAUUUAUCUAAAAUGUAAUUGUAAUUUAAUCAAUUUAUUUUUCAAGUCUAAUAAACCUUUAUAGUUUCGAAUA